GCUCUCAGUGUGAUGAGUGCAAAAACACUUUUAAACCUGAGAAAUGAGGUUGGUAUUCCCAUGGAUUACUGGACGCUAAUGGGAACGAUACCGUCCCGCUUUCCAGCGCUUCGAUUUUUUCCCAGGAUGCACAUGAUCGAAAUGAAUGAUAUUAGAUAACACAUGGUUUGGUUCUUUCGGAAUUUUUUUUAACACUUGGACGGAGAUGUUCAUGAAAACUGUCCAGUUUCCAAUGGAUUUUUCUUGUGCAUUCUGUUAUUUUCUGUAAUUCAUUCACAGAAUGAGAAAAUAGAGAAGUGUUUUGUAAUUGCAAUUAAUAAAAGAUCUUAAAUAGAAAAAAAAAAAAAAAGGAAUAGAAAAUGGGUCGAUAUACUGGAAAAAAAUGUCGAUUAACCAGUAUGUUUGUUCUAACAACUGGAUACUUUUUGGUUGAAAUAAGUGUUGGUUAUGUUACAAAUUCAAUGGCUUUGGUGGCUGAUUCCUUUCACAUGCUCUCUGACGUGAUAGCAUUGGUGGUGGCAUUUUUAUCUGUCAAGAUGUCUCCCAAGAAAUGGUCUAAAAGCACCUUUGGAUGGGCAAGAGCUGAAGUGUUGGGUGCUUUAGUCAAUGCUGUGUUCCUUGUUGCCCUCUGCUUCUCAAUUUUUGUGGAGUCUCUGAAAAGAUUCUACAAGCCUGAAGAUAUCCAUGAACCACUUUUAAUUCUUUAUGUUGGGUCAUUUGGACUUCUUGUUAACCUCAUAGGGCUGUUUUUGUUUCAUGGACAUGGGCACAGUCAUGGUGGCCAUGGCCAUGACAAGAGGGCAAGUUUACCUACCCUUGAAGAAGUGCUCUCUGAAGGUGAUAUAAAUGACAAUGAGGGAAAUUUUCAGUUACCUGAUGCCAAAUCACCAGCCAAAAGUACAAAGAAAGAAGUGAGCAGCAGCAGCCAAAUGAACAUGCAUGGUGUGUUCCUGCAUGUCCUUGCUGAUGCCCUUGGUUCCGUAAUAGUAAUCAUCAGUGCCCUCAUCAUUUGGCUGACAGACUGGGACUACAGAUUCUAUGUUGACCCAGCUUUAAGCGUAUUUAUGGUAUGCCUCAUAAUGAAUUCCACUUGGCCUCUAUUGAAAGAUUCAGCCAUGAUUCUUCUCCAAACUGUGCCAACUCACAUUCAAGUAGAUUAUUUGCAGAAUAAGCUUCUUCAUGAAAUUGAUGGUGUGUUGGCUGUGCAUGAGUUCCAUGUAUGGCAGUUGGCUGGUGAGCGUAUAGUGGCCUCUGCUCACAUUUGCUGUCGAAAUAUUGCGGAUUACAUGGCAAUCGCCGAGCGAGUCAAGGAGUUCUUCCACAAUGAAGGCAUUCAUUCCACUACCAUUCAGCCAGAAUUUGUCAGUGAAGUAAAAUCUGACAGUUGUGUCCUUGGUUGCCCUGUAAGUACAAACUGUGUGCCACAAACCUGCUGUGGUUCCAUAAAAGAUGGCAAAAGUAACACUCCAGUAAAGCAGCUGGGCAUCUCCUCUCUCAAAAAUGGGGGGUUGGACAAUGUCAGUAUGAAAGGAGUUUAUAGAACUUAUGACAGUUCCAAUGGCCAAGAAGAGAAGCUUUGAACUUCAGCAACCUGAGAUUUUUGUUGUUUACCUGCAUUUGCAUACCCUCUUUUGCUACACAGUUUCUUCGUAGAAAAUGAAUACACAUUGAAUAAAUAUUACCUGAAAAUUAAAAACUCAAAUGAUUUCAUUACAAACAUAAAUUGCUAAUGAUGGUGAAAGAGGUUGAAAUGUUAUCCUUUAUUGAUCAAGCACAGCUGGAUGGAAUCGUGAAAUUUAUUUAUUGUACCAUUUGGUAACGAGACAAAUAUCCUUUCAAAAAAUGCCUUCAAUCUGUUCUUGUUAGCUGACCCUAAACCAUAAACAGUAUGUUUCUGUUGUUGCUCACUAAAAUCAUACUGAGAUUCUUGAUUAUGAAGAAGACUUGCUUGUCUCUCUUCAACCUAAUCAGAAUUCCAUCAAAACUGAUUCAGUUUAAUUUGGAAUGCAAUUUGCUUAAUAUAUUACAUAUGACAGGAAUUAAUGUAUUUACUGAGAUUGACUUAUUCUUGUUAACGUAAUAAUCUUUCAUAUUGUGUAUGCAUUUUUUGGGAGGACACCCUGUACUUGGACAAUGCCAGAAACUGUACUCAAGACUUGUGCUCACAUGGCAGUACUAAUUCACUUUUGUCCUUUAUAUGAUUUGUUCCACUUCUGCCACAGACAAUGGAUUGCUUCACCUGCUGUGAUGAAUCCUGUUUCUGCCACGUAGAUGACAGAUUACCUCACAUUUUUUAAUGUUUUAGAAGCUGUAAAAAUACAAAUUAUCUGUUUUUUAAUUUUUUUGCAACUUCAUGAAUAUUUUUUAUGAAUGAACAGCUCUUCAAAGCUAGUUCAGUACUAUUUGUAUUCACUUACACAGUUAUUUCAAAGUAAUAUAACAUGUUUCUUAUUGUAUAUGAAAUUAUAAAGUAUUUAUUUAUAUUGCUUUUUAUAGCUGUACUGUAUUAUGAAUUUGAACUUCUAUAAUCAAAUUGUAAUUUUACUCACCAUAAUGUGAAUAUUGAAUUGUAUGUUAAUUUUUUUUAUAUAUAUUUCUUUUAAAUUUUUUGCUGGAAGCAUCUUUUGAUGUGCAAUUUGGGAUUUAACGUUUAAAUCGAUUUUAUUACUCAAACGAUAUAACUCUUUGAUAAAAUGCUGAUAUUCAUUUUAGUGGAGUAUAUGUUAAAAAUUAAGAUACAUUAUGAUUUUAAAGUAAGGAUAAUAUUUAUAGAAGAAUUAUAACUUUUUUAUGGAAAGCUUACUCAUGUGAAUAUUAUAAAAGAUUCCAUUUUCCUAAGAUUAUCAAAAAAGAUUCCAUUUUCUGUAAAGAAACUUUUGCCUUAAUGAAAUAAGCAAGAAAAUGAAGUAUUGAUUGAUAAUAACUAUAAAAGAAGUUAUUUUUCAAAAUUAAUGAAAUCUUUAAAGCCAAGAUGAAUUUUUUGAAUGCAUGUGUUAAAAUUGAAACAAGGUCCUGCAAAAGUUUCCACGAGUCCAGAAAUUUUCGACACUGACGAUAUUCUUUUUAACAACAGUGUGAUUAUGUUAAAUAAACGCUUGCUUUUACUAUUGAUUAUAAAUAUUCUAUACUUUUUAAACUUCAUUGAUCUUAUUAUUAUAGAUGAUUUUACAUAAAAAUCUACUAUAUGUAAAUGCAUAACAGGUUUUUUUUUUUUUUUUUUUUUUUACAAUAAGACUGUUUUAAAAUCGCAUUCCAUUGAUACAUUAUCUGCUAUAAAAACAGAAACAAUUGAAAUGUUUUAAAUAUAAUUUCUUGAUUCAUAUUAAACUCAUUUUGUCAUAAUAAUUAUUUUCCUUAUUUAUUUUCACCGAGUAUUUUUAACAAAUCGAUGGUUUUAUUUAUGCUUUUUUUAAAAAAAGGGCAUGAUGAAUAAUAACUAUAUGCACCUUCAUUGCAACUUGUAUUGAAAAUCUCAGUGAACUUUUGUAUUGACCUGUUAGUUGCUGCUUCAUCUAUCUCCUUCAUGGAAUCGAUUUAUUUAAUGGUACUGACUGUGAUAUUUAUUCCUGUCUACCUGUGUAUAUAGUUUUGCAUAUGUAUUUAAAAUACACCUUUUUUUCCCUUUA